CUCCUCCCGGCCCCUCCUCCGGGGCGGCACCGCCGGCCGGCCCCAGCGGCCCCGCAGCGUCCCGCGGCCGCGGCGCGCACAGAGGCGGCGGCGAGCGGAGGUGCGGCAGCCGGCCCGAGGCAGAGGUCCAAACCAUGAAUUACGUUGGGCAGUUAGCAGGACAAGUGUUUGUGACUGUGAAGGAGCUCUAUAAGGGUCUAAACCCAGCCACACUGUCAGGAUGUAUAGAUAUAAUUGUGGUACGUCAGCCAGACGGAAAUCUGCAGUGUUCCCCUUUCCACGUUCGCUUCGGGAAAAUGGGAGUUCUGCGUUCCAGGGAGAAAGUGGUUGAUAUAGAAAUUAAUGGAGAGGCUGUAGAUUUGCACAUGAAACUGGGAGACAAUGGGGAGGCCUUUUUUGUGCAGGAGACAGAUAAUGAUCAGGAGGUGAUUCCUUAUCAUCUCUCCACAUCUCCCAUUCUGUCUGAGGGGACUGCCUUAAUGGAAUCCCAGCUGAAGAGGAAUUCCAUAGACAGGAUACGAAACCUGGACACCAAUGCAUCCUCACAAGUCCCACCCCAAGCCCAUGGAUCCCAGCCUUCUACUGAAACAUCUCCAGUCUGUAGCUCUGUGAAAAAAAGGAGGAAGAAGAGGAGGAAGUCAACUCAUAAAAUAGACAGCUUAAAAAGAGAAGACACACAUGGAGACACAUCAGAAGAUGAAGACAUGUUUCCCAUAGAGAUUAGCUCUGAGGAAGAAAAAGAGCCAUUGGACAAUUCAAGGAUCCCUGUUCCAGAUGUAUUUGUUGAUGAUGUAUCUGACACAAAGGCUCCUGCAGUUUCUGUGCUUUCUCAGUCUGCACCUUACGCUCAUUCAGAUGGAGAAUGGUCACCUCUAAAAAGCCCAUCAGACUCACGUCCUCCUACUCCUCAAAGUGACUCAGAAUUAGUCAGUAAACCUACAGACAGAAGUGGACUGAAGGAUAAUCCCCACAUGCACUGGGCAUGGGGAGAGCUACCCCAGGCUGCAAAGGCCAGUUCUCUACUCAAACCAAAGGAACCCAGCAUGGCAGAUGUAAAUCCUUCUGAAAGUACUCACUUUCGGGUCAUCCAAAGUUCUCCUGUUGAGGAGUUUAACACAGUGUCUCCUUUGCCUGCCCUUGGACAAGCAGAUGCAGCAAUUGCUGGUGAAAGUGAGCCCUUAUCAGCUGAGACAAAUAAGCCAGAGACAGAGCUGCCAGGAGCAGCUGAACCCCCAUUGCCUGCAAAUGAAGAAAUAAAGCAAGCUGCAGCUUGCUCAGCCCAACCGACUGGCAAGAUGGAUUCCCCUUCCAGAAAGAAAGACAAACGGAGCCGGCAUCUUGGUGCUGAUGGUGUCUAUUUAGAUGACCUCACUGACAUGGAUCCAGAAGUUGCUGCACUUUAUUUCCCCAAAAAUGGGGAUAAUGCCCAAAGCAGGAGCACGGCCGAUGUGGGGCCGCGGUCGGCCAGUCACUCUCCGCAGUCUGUCGGGAGCUCGGGCGUUGACAGCGGCGCUGAGAGCACCUCGGAUGGAAUCCGGGAUUUGCCCUCCAUUGCCAUUUCUCUCUGCGGAGGCCUUACUGAGAACAAAGAGAUAACCAAAGAAGAAUUCUUAGAACAUGCAGUAACAUAUCAGCAGUUUGUGGACAAUCCUGCUAUCAUUGAUGACCCUAACCUUGUGGUUAAGAUUGGAAAUAAGUACUACAACUGGACGACAGCUGGUCCUCUUCUGCUGGCAAUGCAGGCAUUCCAGAAACCUUUGCCAAAGUAUUCAUGCUUAAGUUACUUCAGAGCAGCUCUGGAUACCAUUAGAUUUUGCUUUAGUAGAAUUUAUGGUCCACAGACAGCAACUGUGGAAUCUAUAAUGAGGGACAAGAUGCCAAAGAAAGGUGGAAGAUGGUGGUUUUCAUGGCGAGGGAGGAACAGCACUAUUAAAGAGGAAACAAAACCAGAGCAAGGCAUGAGUGAGAGUGGACUUACAGAAGAAUCUUCACAGAUGAGCAGGGCAAACAGAAUAAAAGAUGAAUCUUCUUCAAGCGAUGAAGACCCAAGAGCUGCCAAACAAAACCUCGGGUCAUUGCAAGCCAACUCCAGUCAUCUCUCAUUAUUGUCUGGAAUCAGUUACAAAAAAUCACUUCGACUCACUUCUGACCAACUUAAAAGCUUAAAGCUCAAGAAUGGCCCCAAUGAUGUGACCUUUAGUGUUACAACCCAGUACCAAGGCACUUGCCGCUGUGAAGGCACCAUUUACCUAUGGAAUUGGGAUGAUAAAGUUGUUAUUUCUGAUAUUGAUGGGACAAUCACACGGUCAGAUACUUUAGGUCAUAUUUUGCCAACUCUUGGCAAAGACUGGACGCACCAAGGGAUUGCAAAGUUGUACCAUAAAGUGAGCCAAAAUGGAUAUAAAUUUUUGUACUGCUCAGCACGAGCUAUUGGAAUGGCAGGCAUGACCAGAGGAUACUUGCACUGGGUCAAUGAAAGAGGAACUGUGCUGCCUCAGGGGCCGGUUUUGCUGAGUCCAAGCAGCCUAUUCUCAGCUCUUCACAGGGAGGUCAUAGAAAAGAAGCCAGAAAAAUUUAAAGUUCAGUGUUUGACAGACAUCAAGAAUUUGUUUUAUCCUAACACAGAACCCUUUUAUGCUGCUUUUGGAAACAGACCUGCUGAUGUUUAUUCAUACAAACAAGUGGGGGUUUCUUUAAACAGGAUAUUUACAGUCAACCCCAAAGGAGAACUUAUACAAGAGCAUGCAAAGACAAACAUCUCAUCCUAUGUCAGACUCUGUGAAGUGGUAGAUCACAUUUUCCCUUUGCUGAAAAGAAGUAAUUCUUCAGACUUCCCUUGUUCUGACACCUACAGCCAGUUCACCUACUGGAGAGAACCUCUGCCACCAUUUGAAACUCAGGAUGUACAUCCAGCCUCAUCUUAAUCACAUCUCCAAAUUGUUGGUCUCACCUCAAAGACUGGGUUGGCUUGUGUUGAAAGGACACCACUUGGCUUUUGCUGUUGACAGUUCAGUUGGGAUCUGUGAAGUUGUGAGCAUUGUAUUCUUCUGCUGUGAGCAAACUUAGGAAUGCUUUUUCAUACCUACUUAGGUUUCCAGACAAGAGGAGUCUUGUUAGGAAUAGGAGUUGCUUUUCUAGGUCCUUUCCCAGUUCCUCAAAUUUUGCCAUGCACUUUCAUUAUAUAAGGUCAAUUAAAAGUGCAGUGAUGUUGGGGUUGCAGGUAAUCAUGCCAUAAGGUUGUAAAGUGAUUCCACUUCUGUUCUGCAUCACUGAAGCCAUCUUCCAUCCUGUCAGAACCCCUUACCAGUAACGGAGCUGAAAGUGCUCACCAUUCCUGACAUUAUCUGGUGGCACAAACAGGGAUUACAAUCUAUAUAUCAAAAUCUUUCUCUCUGAAGGAGCAAAUGAUUCCUCCUCUCUUCCUUUGCUUGACCAACAACUGUUUAAGAGUUAAUUACUGGUCUAGGUCCUCAGCAGAUGUAAAUCAGUGUAGCUGUCAAAACCAAUUGAGCUGUGUUUGAUUGAUUCCAGCCUGUUUUGACAUAGGACACUUCUGAGGAAAUAAAUUAUAUGUAUUCUAAAUAGAAAGUAAAUGAAAUAGGAUGGCCAGAUUCUUCCAAUCUUUCUCAGUUUGGGAACUAUCAUACUUCAGGAGUAGCUUUUUGGAUCAAGGUCCGUAUUCAGGUGGAAGAUACAGGCCGCUGUGGAUAGUGCCCACCUUACUGAAGUGGGUGAUUUUCAGUAAACACAUCUUUCCCACACACAGUGUGCUGAGGUUGAAGAUUUUUUACUGAGCCAAAAAUAAUAAGGAUUUUGUCAAAAUGGAAUAGUUUUGUUUGAAAUAUUAUUUUGGUUAAAAUGUGAAUUUUGAUGCUGGUGAAUGACACAUCUCAGGUUUUUACUGUAUGGAUGUUUUUGCUUUGUUUUGUAUCAUAAAGAAUGGAUACUUUUAGUGCAAUUUACUCUCCUUUAAGAUAAUGAAAUCUCCUUUUUUUUUUUUUUCCAUAUUUAUCCAGACACAAGCUGUAGAUAUUGCUUUUGACAGCCUUAAGACUGAACUGUGUGCACUAAAAGCAAUACUGUGGAUCAGUUGAUAACAUUUUCCAAAUGGUCUGCCUUUAUACAAUGUGGUACUUAAAAUAUGGACUCCAAGUGCCCACAUGCCAAAUGAUUUUAAAUAUGUUGUAGAUAGGAAAGAAAUUUUUUUUUCCUUUUGGAUUAUACUGAAAAGUCUAAUUGUUCUCUGAAAUGCUGAAAAUGGCAUCAUGGGCUUCUAUGUAUAUUGUAUUUCAGUAUGACUACACUGGUGGUUCACAAGCUGUGGUCUCUGCCAGCUUGUGAUCUGAGGCUAUGGUAAGUGUUCUGCAGCUGCUUUCUAGUGUUUUCAUUUAAGAGUUUAAUAACAGGAAGGCAGAAUGGUCCAGGAGACAUUUUAAGAUGUGAUUAUGGUUGUUCAUCACCCAGAAACUUGGAAAUGGCUGCUCUGUUUUACAUUUCUUUUGUAACAACAAAUUCUAGUUUUGCAUGUCAAGAGAGAUCUCAAUGUAGAUAGGAUGGGAACUCUCUGGUAGGGAUUUUCUAAGUUUUACUGCUGAAGACUUUAUCUGGGUUCUAAGUGGGCCAAUUUAUGAUUUCUCUGUGCCUUCAAUAGUAAUGAGAACAUGUGCAAUGCUUUACAUAGCUGCAGUGUGCAGUGGAGAGCCCUCCAAGGUCUUCCUUUCACAUGAACGUUGCUACUUCAGGAACGGUAAAUAUCUGCUUUGGACAUAUCAGGAUUAGACACAGAGAGGAAGAAAUGUGUGUUUGACAAGUGUUUGACAACCCAGAAGUGAUUAUGUUCUCUUGAAAGUUUAAAGAAAAUGCAAAUAUCUUUUUACUUCAAGGUGUAAGAAAUAUGGGGUGGAUUCUCUGAAAGACAAUCAGUGGGGAAUGCAGAUUGCCAAACUGAGAUGGUUGCAUCUCUAAAUAUAGCCACACUUUCCUUUAAUUAUCUAUUAAUACUUGUCAUUAAUCAUUGAAUAAAUGGACAGAUGUACUAGCUGCAUCCUAUUUAAAUUCAUUUUUGGUAAAGGCCUAUUUCAAUCCAUUUAUUAUAUAAAAUAUAUAAAAUAAAACUAACUGUUCUCUUCAGUGAGAGGCUGUCAGUUUUGUGGUUUUUAUCCUUAACAGUAGUUAAAAUCUAUUUUCCCAAGAUGGUACAUGCAGCAAUUCCCACCAGAAAAUAUGGUCCCUGAAAGUUCUCCACAAUUAAAGCCUGUGAUAUAUUUAUUUAUAACUUAAUAAAUAGGCAAUCUAGAGUUGUUUCUUGCCUUUAGUAUUUAAAACAAAAUGAUAAUGUGAAUAAGGAACUGUUUUAAUUGUCAGAUUGUGGCCAGAGUGCAGUGCUGGUACAGGUGACCCUGAGGUGCUGCAGAAUCUGUCCCAGAGUUUUUCAAGAUUUGAUUAAACACAGUUAUGGCUGACUUGAUCUAGUGUUGGUAUCCAUCUGCUUUAAGGCUGAAGUUGGACUGCAUGACCUCCAGGGGUCCCUUCUGACCAACUUUUCUGUGAUUCUGUGACGUUCAAAGCUUCGCUUCUGAGUUGCUGCACCCCCCUUUGUAUCUGAAAUUGAAAUAUAGCUGAACACUGUCAGGAGUGUGUGUUGCUGUAACUUUAAUCAAAUUUACUGACAAAAAAAACCACUUACAUGAAAAUCAAGGGUUUGACCUGCUAGAAACAUCACCAUACUUUUCCAGAACGUAUAAGACAUUUUGAUUUGGUAGCUGAAUAAUUUUAGGGUAAUAUUUAAACUGGUUUGUUAAUUCAUGUAGCAGAAAAAUAUAUUUAAAAAGUGCUACUCUUUCUGUGAAAGAAAAAAAUCAACCUUGCUUGCAGUGUAAUGCUGGUUUUUGUUACAGAAAGAACAUAUUAACAUAAGUAUGCAGACACAUUAAAUCACAGUAUAUUCUGUUCAUACAAUACACAGAAACUAGAAUAUGCAGCAGUGAGGAGUGACUAAUGUUUAUUUUCUUGAUGCUGAUGACCACACCACCAGCUGGGUCAUGGGAGGGAAAGAAUGUUGUACUUGUGACAUUAGUUAUGCUGAACAUAAACUGUUACUGCUGUAAUUUGGGGAAGGAGGAGAAAGAGGUAUUGGAUAUUUUUUAUUUGUAGAUAUGGUUGGUUAUUAUUUGAAAGACUAUUUAUAUACAGUGUUUACUCUGUAUAUGUAUGUGCUACUGCAGUGAUAAAAAUAGUUUUAACACUUCAUUUUGAUCUGCUGAAUGCAACAAGAGUAGAAAUAUAUAUUGUAAUAAAGGCAAAAAUAAAUUUUUUCCUGACUUUCCUA